AUGGACUUUCAUGAUAAUGAUCGUCCGACGAAGCGGUUCAAGCAUCAGUCGUAUAAGGAUACCUUGAAGGAGGUGCACUUGCCGUCUGCUCUCAUUCAGAGCAAAUUUGAACAGGAUAUUCCGGACACAGAUUCACACUUCCAUGAAGCACUCCAGCACUGGAGGGAACUGAACCUCUCCCCCGCAUUCGUCGCGUACGCCAAUGACGUGAAUGGAUUGUCAGCAUCCAUGCCUCUCUUACUUUAUCAUUGGCAUACGGUCGUUGAGCUUUGGCUCGCUGCGUUAGAGAAAGCGGACGACGAAGCGUUAAAGGCACUUUUGGAUCUAUUUCAGAAGCUUGCUCAUGACCUUCGCACAACUCUUGCGCCCAAGUAUCCCGAGGUGUUGAUGCGUCUCGUACAUUUGUUGCCGCGUUCUCUAUCUGCACCUGCCCUCACCGCACUGUUGGCAACCUUUUCCGCCCUAUUCAAGUACGUUCUCAUCCCUGCUGUCGAUUCAGAGCUACUCGCCCAAGCAUGGUCAGUCUUCCGCGGAGUGCUUCCCCAGUGUAAUCCCGAGGUCCAGCGAGCAACUGCAGACAUCUGGGGAACAAUGCUUCGGAGAUUGAAGGCGCCUGCGCGGAGAGAAUGUGUUGUAUUAAUCGCGAACAGUGUGGAUGGUCCGCUUGCAGAUGCCUGCGCGUGGAUGUUCGUUUCUGCGUGUAAGUCAGCGUCGCAAACACUGCACACGACCACCGCAUCUAUCCUUGCGUCUCUUCUACGAAAUCAUCUCCACAGCACGUCCCCAGAUGCAUCAUUUACCCUCGUUCGCCGCGUACUUACUGCUCUCAUUCACCACUGCAAAGGUGCAGAGCAAUUUGCUUUUGUUGCUGAUGUGGUAGUGGCUCAAUUUGUCGACUGCACACAGUCGAUCGCAGAUGACGCUAAUCGUCUGCGAAUCACUGGCAUGCUUGAGAUUACUACAGUUAUGUGUGCAGUCCGCCAAGGAUCACGACUGACUGCGCAACAUCUGACGACUAUGCUCUCACACUUCGUCGAAAUUCCAUUCACGGACGAGUUUCAGCCGUCCCUAUUAAAAUUUUUGGCGGCUGCCCUCACAGCUGGCGACAUGGGGCUCUGGAUGGGACUCGGCCGAAAGGCGCUUGAGUAUGCGUGGCAGUGCCCUGUUUUCGGGGUUGAACUUUGUGGGGCUUUAGCAAGUUUGGAUUGGGGUGGAUGGAAGCUGAUGGCGCUACCGCAUGUACUCAAGCACACUCCGGAUCUGCUGGAGAGCCAUCCAGAAAAGACUUUACAGCUUUUGGUUGCCUUGCACAAAGAAAAACGGUUUUCUGGUGUAGAUAUCGUUUGGAGGCAACAAUUGCAGGCAUGGGUCGAUGAACAGAUCACGGAGUGGCGACAUUCUGAGGAGAACGCACUUAUCCUGCACGACAUCCUGGCGCUUUCAUCUCUCCUUAAGUCUAUAACAGGUCCCUUAAUAGAAGUUGUGAACAGGACGCUGGACGCACGGGAAACUCAUCUAAGGUUUGACGAAUCUUUCGCAAAUUCAGCGUGGGUUUUGGGAGCGUGUCUACAAUCCUUGUCGAUUUGUCCAGCUGCUGAAAGGGCUGCUCGAGUUGACCUGAUAGCAUGGACGAAUAAAAUAGCUGAAAGAUGGAGCUGGUCUAGCAAUGUAUUAUUCGGGUUGAUCUCUCUGAUUCGAGCAAGUGAACCCACUGCGUAUCGUGUACCAUUCGAUUCUCUGUAUACAUCACUGCAAAACUCGCUCCUUUCAUAUUCUCAGGGGCAGCGGCUGGGCGCUCUGAGUCUUCUGGGAUCGCCAUUAAUCUCAUCUUCAGAUAGUAAUUUAGAAAUUGUCAAGCGCUGCUUACAAGCGGAGGAAGUUCCUUUGGAUGCGCAGAACUCGCGAGAGCGAACGUUGAAAAUCACACGACUUCCUGUAGUCGUGAAAGACGGCGACGAAGUGAGUGCAGAGAUCUGUUGUCGAUGGCUCAUAGCGCAACUCAAAGUCAAUCUUCGGCCAUUAUGGUCCGCUGCCGCGGGGGCGCUAUCUAUACUCUCCGAACGAUUUGGUGAUCUCGUCUGGCAUCUAAUGUUCGAACAACUACGAAAUGCUUCUGGCGACACAGUCGAUGUUCGAAGUCCUCCUUGGAUGAAUGAUAGUGAUGAUAAUGAAGAUGAUACAUGGGAAGAGGAACGGUCGUGGAGAGAUCCAAGUGCUCAUAAGUUGCGUAGUGUAACCCGCAAGUGGCAUGAUGGGAAGAUUACGAAGCGAGCAAUUAUCAAGGUAGAGUUCGUUAUCCUAAUUUCGGAUGUACAUUUCAUUCAUAUCCUCCAACAGUCGCAGACUCCAGACCAACGCUUCGAUUGCUCAAUGUACGAAGCUCAGCUACUUUUCGCGAUGGGCGACUGUAGCUCGCUGGUGGAGAAACACAACCGUGAUAUCAUCCCUUUCUUCCUGUCUGUUGCCGGUCCAGGAUCCCCUUCGAAGCUACCCCGCCACAAGUUGUCCGCCUGGCUUACCCUGUUCUCAAAAUUCGUGAACCCCAAAGCGUUGCACUCGACCGAGCAAUUGCGAUCCUUGUAUAUCACUCUAUUGUCCCAUCCAGAUCGUUCUCUGCAGCGUCUAGCUCUUUCGUGUCUGCUCACCUACAAGUCUCCGCGUCUCUCGCCUCACGAGGAUCGUUUACGCUCUCUGAUGGACGACACAAAAUGGCGAGACGAUCUGACCCAAUUGAACAUGAAUGACAUCGAACAAGCAGAUCGGCCUGAGCUCGUCGGAGUUAUCAUCAGGAUAUUGUUUGGGAUGAUGUCAGACAGGCGAGGUCGGACGCGUGGCACAGAUCGACGUGCGGCUAUUCUUCCCAGCCUGGCCGGCUGCACUGAUGAAGAGCUACAUCUAUUGGUUGAUCUAAUGCUACAGCCCUUGACAACAAUGGAGAAAUCGAAAGACGAAGUGUCUUUUGUCAUCCAGUUCGUACCCAAUGACGUAUCGGAACGCCAACAGAUCGGUUUUCUCACUCUCCUUGGUGAUGUGCUGAAGCAUUUGGGCUCACGACUGACUACUCAGUGGCCCUCUCUUCUAGAGGCAUUGCUUAACAUUCUGGGCACUGCGCAAGCUCGUAUCACGUCAUCAAAAUCGACAUGUGACAAAGAGGAAGAUGAAGAAACUGACGAAGCCGCCGGAGACACCGACGACGUCCUUGGGUCCUCGCGGAACAUUCGUGUUAUGCGGCAGCUCGGGUUGAAACGGUUUGCCGACUUCUUCCGCUGUCCCAUAUCCUACGACUUCACCCCGUAUCUACCAGAAGCAUUCCGUGCAUUUAUCUCACCCCGUCUGCCCAACCUCGAUGCUGAAAAUACUCAGGCCCCAUCAGCUAUCCUGGAACUAUUCUAUACGUGGUCUUUGCGUGCCGACCAUGCAGAAUUUCUCGUGAACUACGACAAUCGGACGCUUCCCAAAGUAUACGACUGCUUGAUAGCGUUAAAUGUCAAAUCCACUGUCGUCGUCAAAAUUUUUGACAUUGUAGAUCGGAUUCUGACACUGUCUGCUGAAGAUGAACGGCUGGGUAACGCAUUGCUCAAGCCCCACGUAUCUUUGCUACUCAAGAACAUGAGCGUAUUGAUCGAUCGGACGAAAGGCACUUCGUCCUUCUCUGAUACACUCGGCAGACGUCAAAUUGCCAUUCUCUCUCAACUCUCUCCCUAUCUAGAAGACUCGGAUCAAGCCAGGAUGCUGCUAGAAUUAUUUUUACCUCUUCUGCGCAAACCAACGAAAAUCGUGCCAGAGAAAGUGAAGACGGACAUAACGAAUAUCCUGUGUGAUCUCUUUUCGCUCAUACCGGAUCUGGCAUCCUCGGACUCGCCUAUUUUCAUGAGAACUUAUGCUGCUCUUGCGCAUAUGUUCCAGAACCUUCGAUCGAGACAGGCCCGAUUAUCCCUUGUCGCUGCUUUCCGUAGCCUGUCUAGCGUGGAUACAUCGCUAUCAUCUCUUGCAGAGCUCAUGGAGUCCCUCAAUGCGUAUUCGACAAAACGAAUCGAUGAACCUGAUUUUGACCAGCGGCUAGCAGCAUUUGCCACACUGAACGAAACCUUGCAUUCUUCGCUAUCUUGUCAACAGUGGCUUCCUAUUAUAUACAACAUGCUCAAUUUUAUACAAGAUCCCGCGGAAUUGACUGUAAGGAGUAAUGCUUCCUUAGCCCUGAAACGCUUUGUCGAUCGCGUCUGCAUUGGAGGAGUGGACUACGAAAGUAUAUUUUUAAGGGUGCUUUACCCUGGACUCAAAAAUGGUCUUCACUCCAAGAACGAGAUGGUAAGGGCAGAAUUGCUAAGCGUCGUCUCAUAUGCGGCCUUGAAGUGCGACUCCAUCGAUUCCGUAAGAGAAAUGCGCGGUUUACUUGCUGAAGGCGACGAAGAAGCAAAUUUCUUCAACAAUAUACAUCAUAUACAGGUACAUCGACGCACUAGGGCCAUUCGCCGGCUGAUCGAGUAUUGCGAUGGCGGACACUUACGCAAUAGUACUUUAGCGGAAGUCUUUAUCCCCCUAGUUGGCAACUUCCUCGUCAAUAACGCUUCUAUCGAUCAUCUUCUGGCCAAUGAAGCCAUAUCAGCCACCGGGCACAUUGCGCGACACUUGAACUGGGGUUCGUACUAUGCCCUUGCUGAACGUUGCCUCAGACAAUCUAGCAAGAAGGAUGCCUCGGAGCGUAUUCAUGUCCGAACACUCGUGGCCAUCUUAGACAAUUUUCACUUUCCAAUGGACGGUGUGGUUGAUGAAGUGGAGGAAGCAGAGAACCCCGAUGCAAAUGAUGCCGAGAAUGAGGAGAAUGUUGGCGAAGCAGCUGACUUGGAGCCGAGGCCGUCAAAAGCGGCCCUGGAGACAAUACGGAUCGUAGAUGCAGUCAGUCGACGCUUACUCCCUCGUUUACUGCAACACCUUGAGCAACGGGAGGAAACUGAAGAUAGUUUAAGGAUCCCAAUCGCGAUUGGAAUCGUUCAAGUCGCGAAACAUCUGCCCCAAGAUCAGCGGGAACCUCAAAUUACCCGAUUGCUGACGGUCCUGAGCCAAGUCUUCCGGAGCAAAUCUCAGGAAACUCGAGAUCUUGCUAGGGACACGCUAUGUCGAAUCGCUGUCAUCUUAGGCCCAUCCUAUCUUCCGAUGACGCUACGCGAGCUGAGGGCCGCAUUACUUCGUGGCCCUCAGCUUCAUGUACUAGCAUUCGUGACCCACGCCCUGCUUAUUCACGUCACGUCCGGAGAGCAUGCAACGCUAUUCAACGUACUGGACGAUUGUGUUAACGAUAUUGCUCAUAUUGCCGCAGAGGUAAUUUUCGGCGAAUCCGGUAAAGAUGUGCAGUCAGAGAACUUCAAGACAAAGAUGCGUGAGGUUCGUUCCUCUGCAUCCAAAGGAUACGAUUCGUUCACAAUCACGGCGAAGCACAUUACACCUCCCAAAAUCAGUAACCUCCUUGUCCCCGUUCGGAACAUAUUGAAGGAGACCGAGUCGUUGAAAGUGUUGCAGCAAGUGGAUGAUCUGCUGCGAAGGAUUGCAAGCGGCUUGAACGCAAACGAAUACUUAGUCCCCAAGGAGCUAUUAGUUCUAUGUCACACCCUCAUAAGCCAAAAUGCUCGCUUCCUCAGAGAAGUUCCGCAGCCUCAUAAGAAAGGCAGGAAGGGACGCGAUGAUGCGGUUGUGCAGAUGAGACGCAAGAUCUACGCUGAAAAUGACCAUUACGCCAACAAUUCAUUCAGGUAUGAGUUCAGUGGUAUUAUCGUGACCAUUUCUUAUCUUGCCUUCAGAUUCGUCAAUUUCGGCCUUGAUCUCUUCGUCACCGCGCACCGUCGCAGCCGGUUUGAUUUCCAAGACCAGCAGAUUAUCGCGCGACUAGAACCUAUGGUUACAAUCAUUGGCAACACUUUGUAUUCAGACCGCAUGGAAGUCGUAAUAUUAGGAUUGAAAGCAGCAGCGGCAAUCACGAAGUGUCCAUUGAAAUUCAUCGAUAAGUCGCUACCUGUGCUCAUCACUCAGAUGAUCGACAUCAUAAGGCAGGCAGGAACAACCGAGUCGGACGCCGUGCAGGUCGCGUUCAAGUCGCUGGCGACUAUUUUGCGUGAGCAGUCUUCUGCCCAGGUGAAGGAAAAGGACCUCGUCUACUUGCUGGAGCUACUUUCGCCAGAUCUCGAGGAUCCUUCGCGACAAGCCUCUGUUUUUACAAUGCUGCGAGCUAUUGUGUCUCGCAAGUUCGUUGUGCCGGAAAUAUACGAUCUCAUGGACAGAGUGUCACAAAUCAUGGUGACAAGUCAGUCUCCGCAGGUCCAAGAGCUAUGCCGAGGGGUUUUGCUACAAUUCCUUCUAGACUAUCCGCAAGGCAAGGGCCGACUUCGAACUCAAAUGACACUCUUGGCGAAAAAUCUCUCGUAUGUCUAUGAAAGUGGGCGGAAGUCGGUGAUGGAGUUGCUCAGUGCCAUAAUCGCGAAAUUUGCGGUGGAUCUUGUGCGCGAAUACGCAGAUCUGCUAUUCGUGGCUCUCGUGAUGGUGGUAGCGAACGACGAGUCUGCAAAAUGCAGGGAAAUGGCGUCGGAGCUCAUCAAAAGCCUCUUUGCACGCUUGACUGAUGGACAACGAAGCGUCAUGAUGUCGCACGUUCACACUUGGGCUCAACAGACUUCUCAGCCGCAGCUUGCUCGAGUAUCGAUGCAAGUAUACGGCCUCAUCGUUGAUUUCCUACAGCAGGAUAUAACGCCCUAUAUGUUGUCCAUCCUAGAAGACCUCAACAGUGCUCUCAGCCGCAGCGCCCAGAUGCUGGAGUUCGCUGAGACAGAACUCGACGGCGCGGAUACUACAGACGAGGAACUCAAUUGGCAAAUGUCGUAUCAUGCACUGUUCGUCUUCUCCAAAGUGUUGCGGGUCAGGCCUGACCUCACAAAACAACCGAAUGCUGUGAACUGGCCGACUGUAGUGCAGCAUCUCGUUUUCCCUCAUUCGUGGACCCGUGCGGCGUCAUGUCGGCUUCUGGGCCUGUAUUUUUCUGCAGUCCCAGUAGCUGUUCCACAGACCGACCUUCCUCAUUCCGAUCCGUUGUCGCGUCAAGGUAUGGCAGACGUGGCUAAGAAGCUGUGUAUUCAGCUUCGUAGUCCAAAUCUUGAUGCAGCGCUCAGCUUGCAGAUUGUGAAGAAUCUCUUUUAUAUUGGCAAGAGCUUCUGUAUGAUUGAGCUUCCCGCUCGAGUAUCUGCAGAUGAUGAUGAUAAUGAUGUGGAAGGCGUCAAUGAACACCACGAGAACGAGCGUAACGACAGCGAGAAUGACGAGGAAGCCACCAGGCAUCCGCUCCCAUGGCUAUUUUCGAAGCUCUCAUAUCAGGCUAGACAUGCACAUACCGCAAGGAGGAAUAAAUCGUCAUGCCCUGAUAAUUGGGUUCACCAACCGGCGUCUGUCUUGAAGUGGUUUGCUGCUAUGGUUUCGCACAUGGAAGCAAGCCAGACGAUGCAAUUCCUGGUUCACAUUCUGUCUCCUGUAUACCGAAUCGCGGAAGAUGAUACAAUUCGUGAUCCACAAAUUACGGAACUCAAGUCGCUCGCCGUUGAACUGCAGGACCUGGUCCAAGCUAAGGUUGGAACGACGCAGUUCGCGAAUGUGUACAACCGUAUCAGGCAAGGCGUGCUGAGCGUGCGGAGGGAACGACGGAAUGCUCGGAUGGUACAGGCUACUACCAAUCCAGAGCUAGCGGCAAAGAAGAAGCUGCAGCGUAAUGUCAUGAAGAAGGAGAGUCGAAAGCGGAAAAACAGAUCCUUUGCUGAUAACAAGGGUCGUGCAAAAAGAUUUAGAGAAGGAUGA